AGUUUCUGGAGUAUGUUGAUCUGUGCUAGCAAUAAAACGACGAUUGCCUGACAGACGACUUGGGCUUGCCGUCAUCUCAUUAUAGCAGGCAAACAAGAAACGAAGUGCAAAAUAAAGAUGUCUUGCUCCAACAACAACAGCAAGAUGGGGCUGGCGGUGCCCUUCACGGAAUCCAACACGAAAUCUUAUGAGUUUCUUAUCGUGCAGCCCAGCGGCAAGAAUAAGCCGCUCCACUUAAAUCUAUCCAGGAAAAAGCACCCCCAUCCAUUUUCUGCAUGGCAAGCGCAGGCCCUGCGCAUGUUGUGUAUGACAAAGCGGAUUGGGUUGGGUCUUUUUUUGUGGAUGAAGUCAGAUCAAGCUCUACGACCCGAAAGGGAAAAACAUCUGCUCCCUGCCUUCGACCACCGUGUGGCAGUCGUCCACCCACCGCGCGAACACCAACCGCGUAUGCCUUGCAAAAGCAUCGCAGUAGAAUUGCUUCGAUAAAAUUAACCCGCAUGACGUAUCUGAUUUCCUCAAGAAGAAAACUUGCAGUGGGACUCUUUAUGCAGACUCGGGCAGAAAGCGAAAACCUGGCUUGUCGUGCAUGGCUGCGAUUUCAGUAUGGGCACGAUACUUUUGCAAUGGAUGCCGUUACUGUGCGAGCAAUGUGCUGACCGGCGAGAAGGACGAAAACUACCCACAAAAAAAGACCCAUCCCCAUCCAAGUUGCCAUGCAAAACAUUCAUAAAGUCCUGUGCUUGUCAUGCAAAAAUCGAUCGGGGUGCUGGCGCUGGGUCUUUUUUUGUGGAUAAGAGCGGGCAGCCAACCAUGAACCACACUGCCCACGUAGACGGCCCGGCGUGGCUCAAAAUCCGCUUUACCAUUGAGAAAUCCUCUCCCUUCGCCUCCUAUCGGAAGCGAAAGCGUAGCUAUAGUGAUAUCGCUGUCGGAUGAAUCUGCAACGCAGUAUUAACGCAUGCAAAAACUAAAACAACAUACCUGAAAAAUUGGUAUAGCGAAGCAUCCGCUCUAGGCAACACUUCUACUCCAGAUCGUGCACCAUGAGGACUGCGAUCUGUAAAAAGACCGGUAGCGUUAGCUUUAGCUCACUUUUUUGGUUGAUGCCUUCCCGGGGGUAAUCGUCCAGUUAGACGAAGACCACCCGUAUUCCCUGAAAAAUAACCACCCCAUCCACUUUUUGCAUGACAGACACAGACUUUCUUUAAAUUGCUACAUGUUUUGCAUGGCAAAUUGGAUGGGGAUGGUUAAUUUUCAGGGAAUAGUCCGGAUUUUUCGCUCUUUGGCGCGAUUCCCUUCCCGGACUGCCAGAUUUGGGUGCCCCGCGAUAUGGGGUAGUUCUCAAUAAACGUUACAGUGAUCUUCGCUCUCGCGUGACCACUUUGUGAUGCAAGGGUAGCAACAUCAAGACGAGUGAACAGGGUUAGCACAACGAGCACCAGGAGCUUGCGUGUCUUACAUUACAGACUCGGCCGCAAGGAUUGCAAUGCUAUUGAGCGCGGCGUGGAAAAUAAAACUUGUCAUGCGAAGCAGCCUCAAGAACCAACGUAUGGAGAGUCAUACGGAAUUUUGCCUAGCAAGAAGUCUACUUCAUGUAACGUUUCUUGACAACGCCAUACAGAACCCGAGCGGAAUCAUCCCGCCGCCGCCCACCCGGCACCGCGAAUUGGGCUACUUCCUAUGAAUUGCAAAAGUUAAAGUAUCGUACUCGUAUAAAUGCAUUACAAAUCUCCUCAGCGUGAGAAAUGAAAUUUGUAAUGCAGAUUUGCCUUAAGACAAAGAUUUGCAAUGCAAGACUUGCACUCAUACGAAUACGAUACUUUUGCACACGAUACUUCCAGUGCGGGGACAACGUGUCGCAGAUUUGCGAGUGGGAACAUGCGUACGAAAAGCAGCAGGCGUUGCUGUUUGCCCAGCGGGAGCGACAGAGAAUGUGGAAACUGAAGCAGCUCUCCAGCGUAUCCAAGAAAAAAACGUUGUAGGUGUAACUUUAUUCUUGGAGGAUUAGCAUGACAAAUAUCUCUCGCAUGACAGCAAAAACCUGUCAUGCGCAGAUAGUACGGGAAAACGCCCAUGAAUGGACCCUACGAUGCACGCCAAGCAUGACAGACGCAACCAUCUUGCAUGUUGCGCAUCAUGAAUUUACACUAAGGACAACGUUUUUUUCUUGGAUGCAGCGAGAUGACCGCGAACGCGCAGGAGGAGAUCGAGACCCCGCCCCUCCGAAUACGCAUUGCAAAAAUGUCUGGGUCUGGAAACUUGUGAUGCAACUCUGUGAAUAAUGAGCUCACUGCAAUGGGUGACCAAGCAUGACAAGUUUUUGGGCUCCCGUGUGUUGCGUAUUCCGCAUGGCAGGCUUCGUUUUUGCAUGACAGGAAAGAGCGUCUUUUCGCGCCUAAGCAUCACAGAGUUAAAAGUCAUGCCAGACAAGCAUGACAAAUCUUGCAUUCUUCCAGACCCAGACAUAUUUGCAAUGCAUACCGAAAGGUGAAGAUCUACAACUCCUCGCACCGCGGUAUGGCGUUCUCAACUGUUACAUUCUCAGCUGUUACAUGGAUUUGUGAUGCAAGAAUGGGAAAAGUGAAAGGGAGGAGAUUGCGCCUGUAGCAUUACAAACUCCGCACAGAUUUAGGCGCUGUUUAGCCCUGGGCAAAUUUGUCAUGCCAAGCAGCUUGAUCGAGUGGAUGAUGAUGGUGCUUCUGCAUGACAGAUUCAUGUAACAGUUGAGAAUGUAACGUUUGAGAGUCCCAUACGCGGUGGCUGGCGCUACGCGACCUGCGCCGACCGGUUGGAGGGCGCGCGGAUCGAGCUGUGGGACGUGACGCCGAUGAUGAUGGUCUCGGAGUCGGACCGCUCCUUAUCCACAGGAAAUAAUUUCCUGUACACGUUGUACAAAUGCAGUUUCUUCAUGGCAAAACUUGCCCUCAAUCUUAAUCAGCAUGACAAGUCUGACACUCAAAGUUAGCGAAGUUUGUCAUGCAUUUUGUACAUGUGCGGGAAAUUUGUGUUGCAUACUCCUACCAGGAAUCCCCGAUUCACAUGGGCGAAGACCACAUGUUAGUAGAGGAGAGGACGCAGGUACUUAGUUGUAUGGGCGGGAUCUUCGUACUACAGCUUGAGUUUCGUGAGUUUCACGCUUCUUUUCAUGAUUCGUGGCGCCAGAGAUUCAAAAGUAUAAAAAUCGUUCAACAUCAUUGAAAAAUCAUACUCCCAAAACCUCAGGACCCCCUGAAGACCUCGUUGAAGACGAAGAUCAAGGUUGCGCUGCGAUUGUAUCCUGUGCAAAAGUAUCGUACUUGGUAGAAAUAUCGCUAUCGUGUGAAAACAAUGAAUUCAUCUUCAGCAUAUACAAAUGAAAUUUGUGAACGCAGAUGCACCCGCUUGAGAGAGAGAUUUGUAAGACAUUACUGCAGUCAGUACGAGUUCGAUACUUUUGCAAUGCAUAGGUUGUGGUCGCACACCAUUUCGCGGCCGGAGGACGAUGCGCUGUUUGGGGAAAACUACUGCAAAUCCUUUCCGUUGGUUGAGGAUGGUUACGUGCUGGUUCAGGAGGAAAACGAAGUGGAGGUCACUGCGGACGAAGUAGAAUUCGUAACGGCGGUCCCCCCGGCGGCGACAUCCGCCGUGCUGCCCGGAAUGAUGUGCAGCGACAGCUACGGGUUGUACAACUACGGUGACAAAAAAUUUUACAUGCAGGAGCCCCAAGUAGAGCGGGACAACUACAACAACACUUGCGACAGCUUUUAUUCAUCCUCGUCGAACUACAACAGGAACAGCUGCAGCAACCUGUAUAACAACGCUACCACGACCAUGUCGCACACCUACACCACUGCGGGCUUCGACGACGACGAAGAACAUGCGGACAACCACGACCACGAGAAUGAUGAACGAACGGAACUAAAAACUUGGGAGACCACCAAGAGCACCACCGCAAUGGAUUUGUUGAAGAAAGAAACGGAGAAGCUGCAGAUGAUCUACGAAGCCCGCUACGGUUCAGUCUGCGACAAGAACUCGACGUCGUCCCCAAUGGUGACCAAAACCCGUCUGGAGCAGAUGGCUAUUUCUGCGGAGGACCAGAUCGAGGACGAGGACGAGCACAGCAAUAGCAAAUUCUACUACGGUGAAGACGAGAACAAUAAUUGCAGCUGCAGCUCCUCUUCCUGGAAAAAGUCUUACUGGAACAAUCGUGAUGACGACAGCUACUACUACAACUCUUCCUCGGGGAGCAUCAAACUGGAAAAGACCAUGUCGACGUCUUCCACGGAAGAGGAAAAGGAGGAUGCAAAGUUUUCCCUCCUGCUGACCAACUAGGAUUCUGAUUUAUGCUGGUUCAGUGCAGGAAGUCGAAGUAGAUGUAGAAGUACUUUUCUAAGAUGAUGGAAGGAUGAAAUACUCAUUAUCAGGUCUGGUGUAAAGAAAUGCUAUAUCUCGCUUCAGUGAGCAAAAUCUAUACGCAAUAACGAACUACCAACUCUGCCCUCCACGUAAAAUUUUUGGAAAAUGGAUGAUGAUCAUCAGUUUUGUUGUUUUUGGCAUGGAAGGUCGUCGCACUAGGAUGAAGAAGCUAGAACUACACAAAAAAAACAUGUAUUGAACAGCAUGAAAUAGAAAUACUCCCGGGCUAUUCAAGAAAAUAAAGACUGCUGUGAAAUCAAAUGGGCUACGCUUGCACUGCCAGCACCACUACACCGCGGUCGACGGCUCUGGCUGUGCAUGCAUUUCGACGACGUAUUAUAACACUUCACAACUUCGACACAACUACCCCUACUUCUACACCGAUGUUUUCGGCAAUAGAAAUAUUAUAAACCCGUAUUGAUCAAGUACUGUUUAAUUGUGUCUGCAAAUGCUAGCGUUCAAAAUUUUUCACAAAGUAGAAGAUGUCUUUACGUUUACAACAACGUCACAUUUUGCUAGGGAGUGCCACCAGGUCCAGGGGUUAGAACCGAUGACAAAGAUGCGAUAACGGUGGGGAAAAACCAAUACGUAUGCGACAACUACGUCUUCGAAUAAACACAGAAGCACAAAAUUGUUUCUUUUUUCAAAGCUAUGGGCUGCGGCUGCAACUGCAUCAUGGGCUAAAAAACGUAAACCAAACGAAUAAUUUAAAUUAUUAGAGCUGCUUCUAUUGCGGUAGGCUAUCGACACAGGUGUGUGAUCAUUUACGUACUAGGCCGCUGAGUGAAAGUCUAACUUUACUCUUUUUUGAUACAGAUGCCUUUGUCGUGGUCGUGUCCAGACAGUGACAAGCUCUGUUGAAUGUGUCUUUUCACAAGGAGGAAACGAGUCCCCUCGUCCCACGGGGAUUCAUGUGCGAGACAUGCACGAGGACCACGAAAUCAAUGGAAUUGGAAACUCACUCUUCAAAUCUGAUCUUCCUCAUUUUCUUUUUCAUGUGU